UUCGAAAAUCUAAAUAAAGCGAGAUUGAACAUAUCUUAAAAAAAUUGGAUACGCGACAAAAAUAAAAAAAUUAAAUUAUUAUGGUUUUGAGGAUUUUGUGGCCUGGUAAUGAAACCUUUAGGCCAAAUGAGAUAAAGUGAGGUACCUAACCUAUCAGUAAAAAUAUGAAAUAUUUAAUAAUAUUGAGACAUUAGAAACUUGUAGAAUCGAUGGUGCAGUAGUUAGGACACCUAACUGUUACCCGAAGGUCGUGGGUUUGAUUCCCACGUCGCACAAACAUUGUGCGAUGAUCAGAUUUGUUUGCUCUUUGACUGGUUGUUUAUUAUCUACACAUGUAUAUAGAUCCAGUCUCUGGUACCCAUAACACAGGGAGUACUAAGUUGGGGCCGGAUAAUUUUGUGAUUUGUUCCCAAUUAUUAUUACUACACAACGCGUCCCUUUACGCGAAGGUUCACGCGUUCCGAUUAAGUCAUUACUAUGGCAAUAACAUGAAAAAAAAGCCGAUUGCCAUUAUGAAAAAAAAGAAGAAUACAAUUUUUAAAAACGAAACAUUUUUGGCGCCAUCAUAAAGCUUUGAUUUUAGUAUCAACAAAAGGAAAAGGUAGGUAUUUAACAAGGGGAGUAAACGACGUCCUUUAAACAAUGGCGAGUAAUUAUGAAACUUUAGACGAUGAAAUCAAAGAACUUCUUGAAAACUAUAAACACAAAAGGUCCAGUGUGUACGAACCUUGUAAAAUAGGGAAUAUUAAGGAAUGUCUAAUCGGAUUAAGAGAGGAACUAGGUGUUUUUAACAUAAGCUAUUUAUUUAAUCCAUACAAUGAUAUCGAAGAUGAAAUUUUGCUACCAGGAUCUCUAGUGACGCUCAUUAAUUCUGUAUGGACAUUGCUACAUUAUCAUAAGAAUGCAGUACAAAAGGUAGAAAAGUUAAUGGAGCAAAACCAUAUCCUUGAACAGAACAAUAAGCAAUUGAAUUCCUUUGUAGAUAAACUGAAAGAAAAAGUAAGCUCCGAAAAGAGUGAGACUAGAGCGUGUGUUGUGUCUGCUCAAAGAAUAGCAGACCAUUCAGAUGUAAUGUUACAAACAUUAACAGAAACCAAAGCAAAACUACUUCAGGUGACCAAGCAGAAAAAAGCGAACGAAAGAAAUUAUCACAAUGAAAUAACUAGACUUAAGAUUCAAAAUGAAAAAUUGUUGGACAGGUUGAGAAACAGAGAACCUCCAUGCACUGAAACCUGCGACAGUACUUUAAUACGCUUGAAGGAAAAAGAUAAACAACAUCGCACAAUGAUAUCUAAAUUAGAGAAGAACAAUCAAGAUUUAUUACACGAACUUUUGAAUCUAAAGGAAGCUCUCCUUUUGGAAGGACUCAAUGAUAUGAAUAUAAAUAAUGAUGAACAUAAAUAAAAUCAUUACACUGUUUAAUUAUUACAAUUAAAAAUCAACUAUAAAAUCAAUUGACCUAAUUCUCGAAUUAAAACAAAAUCGAAGAAAGUACUAAAACCAUUAACGGUUUAUAAUAUUAGUAAUAUAAAUUUCGUCUAUGCAGACAAAGUUGGAUAUCCGUGAAAAACGUGUAUUUUUUUAACUCAGCUACUUAA